GUGUUAGGUAUAAUGUAUUAUUAUCUAAGUAUUGUACGAGCUCCCCUAUAAAUAACACGAGUUGAGGAAAAAGUAGCAUGUGAAUUCAUAAUUCAAUACAAAAUUUGCCGGUUCACUCAGCCCGAUUAAAUAAAUAUUCAGUUACAAAAGCCAUGUCGAAAUCUCUAUUGGAUUGUUGUUUGGAGUCUGUGUGUGUCUGUUUUUGCUCGUGGCGCGCUGCGAGAAAGUGGAUUUUGGCAGACAGCGGCAAAGUUACAAAAGAAAGCCACCAUUUGGGCAGACAGCGGGGUUAUGGAUUGGAGAGAUAUGAGAAAAAUGCCAUGUUGAUAUUCGCGAAUACAGAGCCACUAGGGCCGGAGUACGUGGACCAACGAGUGGGACUGAUGAAGAGGAGCUUCGGGCAGUUUAGCUUCGAGACGGAGGUGCAUGUAGACCUGGGGCCUGGGGAGAUGGAGGCUCAGUUGGAGAACUUUUUCAGCAAAGACUUUUCAAGAGUAGGCGCAGUCUGUAUAGCAGUGGUGGGAGGAAAGGGGGAGGCGGGUCAACUUCCGGCGGGGGCGCUGCAAUGCCACGAGACUCGUGUGCUCAACCGGCUGACUUCCGGUCUACCGGGCGCGCUGGCUGGACGUCCUAGGAUCUACAUCACUGAGGUGGUACGCGCUGGCAUGGCGGCGGACUCUGGUGUGUACUCCCUACCCAUCACCAGCCAGUACCCUGACGUGAUCGCCGUCCACAUACCUCUCAUCAUCGAGGGAGAGUCAAACCCUUUGCAAAUGCUAUGCGACAGGCUGGGUACAGAGCGAGAUCUAAAAGCCGAAGUAAUGGCCGCGGCUCAUGAGGCUGAAACUACAUUCCCUGCACUCCAAGAUCACCCUAUACAAGUUGAUAGCACACUCACACUAGAACUAGAGCUUGUUAGGAAAACAGAUGCUUUAGAAACUAGUCAAAUAGAUUCCACAAUCGGUUUUAACGGGAUUGCCGAAGAUGUAAAUGUUGGCGAAUCUUCGGCAGUAGAAGUUUUGAAUGUUGGUAACAAAGAAACUAGUCAAAUAGAUUUGAAAGUUAAUGAGACUUUAGUAGAAGUUUUGAAUACUGAAAACAAAGAAAUGCAAGCGAAGGGGCAGGACGAGACAAACAAGUCCAUAGCAGAAGGUUUAAAUGAUAGCACUCUUAGCUUAGAACUGGAGCUUCUUAAGAGGAGAGAUGAUGCUGCUGUAGGAACUAGUCCAGCAGAUUCCAUAUUAGCAAAUGGGCUUAAAGGGACUGCACAAGAUGUAGGUGUUGGAGAGUCUUCCACAGUAGAAGGUUUGAAUGUUGAUCCCAAAGGCAUUCAAUUAGAUUUAAAAGUUGGCGAGACAUCCGCACUAGCAGAAGCUUUGAAUACUGAAAACAAGGAAAUACAAGUGGAGAAACAGGUUAACGAGACAAACACAACUAUAGGAGGUUUGAAUGAUGAGGAUUUAGAUCAAGGAAGACAAGCUAACAGUGAACAUGCGGACGACUUACCUAACGGUGCCAAAGAGAUUUCAAGAUAGAAGGCAACCCACAAAAUAAUACGAAUGUC